UUCGCACAGUUUUGUUGUUCGUGCAUUUGUGACUCUAUUAUUAUACCAAUUUUGCUAUCUACAUAGUUAGCGCAGUUGGCUAACCAGCUACCUGUAUAUAUACCGUUAAUAGCGUUUGAGAAAGGACGACAGAGUUCAAGCUAAGAUAGCUGACGUGUACCCGCUAGCAGCUUUGUAGCUAGCUACUAACAAACUGAACACUUGCAAGGUUCGGCUUCUUCUAAAUAUAGUGACUUCGCUAGAUGCCUGCUACUUACUAAAUAGCUUGGUAAUUACUGUUUUCUUUUACUUUCACUUUUACGUAUAACGAUUGCUGAUUUUCGAGUUACUGAGAUAGCUAGAUGGCUAGUUUGCUUUGAACUUCUGUUUGCCGGCGCCUCAGAAUGGACUAGUUAUCGUUAAAUCAAUACUGUAGACAAAGGAGCAAAGUGUUGGAACACUGUGUGGAUUCUUAGCUAAAGACAUACCAUCUAGCCCAGCCUUUCCUUUGAUGCAAAAAUGGUCUGACUUGUCAACCAGUUAGCUGGAUGGCUGGCACGCCAGUAACAUACCUUUCCUCAUUCGCUGCUUGUCACUGAAGUUGCGUGGAUUUUAAUACUAAAACCACCUAGCCCUUUGCCGUAUUUCUCUAGGUAUCAACGAAGAACAUAGCUAUCUAGCUGCGUUUAAUGUUGGAAGAAUGCGCGUCACGUUUGUGGUGUGCAGCCUGGUUCUGCUUGUUCGCGGGGAAUUGGAUGAGGACGAAUGGAUCGACCCCACUGACAUGCUGAACUACGACGCCUCCACAAAAACCAUGAGAAAGCCCCCAGAGACAACAAGUUACGACAACGUGCCGACCAAAAGGAGGGAGUACAAGCAGGACGCAAGUCAGACGGUAACGUGCCCAGACAUUACUGAGUGCAAUAACAAAGUCUCCAGUUUACAGAGACAGCUUCAAGAACAGGAAAAGAAGAUUGCAUCGGCCUCCAGACAGCCCGUUUUCCACCCAGUUUUCAAACGAUACCUGGCCAAGCUCUUGAAGGAAGUCCAGAAACUGGGUCUUCCCAAUGAAGCGGAGAGUGAGGUGCACUACGAUGCAGAAGUGAAGCUAUCACAGCAGGCUUUGGCGGAGAUCAGGAAGAUUCUAAACGGGGAUGACAGCACCAGAACAGGGGUCCUGGAUGAGGCACUCAGCCAGAUUUUGGUCAAUUUCAAGCCACAUAAUUAUGAGGCCUGGAAGUGGCGCUUCGAGGACACUUUCGGUGUGGAGCUGGACACGGUCAUUCGGGUCUCUGCCUGUGUCUUAAUCAUAGUGGUAAUAAUAUGCAGCGAGUUGUGGUCAACAGUUUCCUGGUUUGUCCAGUUCAAGCGAAUCUUUGCCGUUUGCUUCUUCAUCAGUAUUGUCUGGAACUGGUUCUACCUGUAUAAGAUAGCCUUUGCUGAGCACCAAACCAACAUUAUAAAAAUGGAAAGCAUCAAUGAGAAGUGUACAGGAGUAAAGAAGAUCGACUGGCAGGAUAAUCUGAAAGAAUGGUUCAGGAGCACCUGGACUCUACAAGAUGAUCCUUGUAAGAAGUAUUAUGAGGUCCUCAUGGUGAAUCCCAUCUUAUUAGUACCUCCCACUAAGGCAAUCUCUGUCACCAUUACUACUUUUAUUACGGAGCCACUGAAACAUUUUGGACAGGGUAUUAGUGAGUUCCUAAGAGCCCUCCUCAAAGACCUGCCCGUCACACUUCAGAUUCCUGUUUUGUUGACCAUUGUGCUGUCUAUCCUGGUUUUCAUGUAUGGAAGCGCCCAAGCAGCCAUCCAGCACGCCAUCCCGAGGCCCCGGCUGGGGGGUCGGCAGGACCCACCCCCGCCUGUUGCUUAUCAGCCUGAGAUCCCACAGCUAAGGGAGGCAGAUCCGGACGAGCUGGCGGGGGCCAACGCCCAGCCGCCGAGAAGACAAGGGAACCAGGAGCACCGGAGAGCCGGCGUACGCCAGAGGAGGCAGAACAGGCCCAGAGAGGGUCAGCCACGAGUGUUUGUGGAGACCCUGAGACAGGCUGACCAGCCCUUCAGCGAGGAUGAGCCUGACGCAGGGCUACGGGAGGAUCACUCUGAGGUGGAGGACGAUGGCCCUCCAACGGGGGGCGCUGCUCCGGGGCAGGGGGAGGAGGAGGAAAGGGAAGGCGGGCAACUUGGAAACGAAAACGGAGCUGGUGACUUGCAAAAUAAUUCCAACAAGAAUAGCUUGAAAUCUAAAAGUGUGAGCACCAACAAAAAGCUGCUUCCGCAAAAAGAGGAAAAGCCCUCACAGACCUCCCAAAGGCGAAAUGUACCAGAGGUUUCAUCAGAAGAGAAGACCUCGACAGCCACUGAGGAACAUGUGGAAAACAUUGGAAUGCCAGUGCAGGAGUCCCUUCAUCAGAGUUAAUGGCCAAGAAAUCAUUUUUAUGUAAUUUUUAAAAGUGUUUAC